GAAAGUCCAGAGAGGAGCCGGGCAUGUUCCAACAUAUCCAGACUAGCUGGACUCUAUAAAGGAGGGCAGAGAGACGCGGACCCCAGACAGACGAGGACCCCAGACAGACGGACGGACCCCGCCCGCCUCGCGGCCACGCGGCAGCCUUCUUGCUGUCACCUCGUGUCCUCCGUCAGCUCGGGCGGAUGUAGUUUUACGGACGCUGUGGGGGUUUUCGCUCGUGCGUUCCGCGGAGGGAGCAGCGCUCGGCGCGUACGGGGUGCGUGCGGAGCGCCGACCGGAUGGACUACACCGCAGAGGGGGUCUGAACGGAUCCGAGAGGUUUUCAACCCGCAUCAUUCCAGCCCGGUCUCUCAAACGGCAUGUCUCUCCCGGUGAAGGUGAUGAGGGACGGGCUGCUGGAGAAGCGGAGCAGCGGUCUCCUCCAGCUGUGGAAGAAGAAGCGCUGCGUGCUGACGGAGGACGGGCUGCGGCUGCACCAACACAAGCCCGGCGCCGCCGCCGCCGCCUCCGCCUUCGGCUCCAAAGCCAAAGAGCUGCGCUUCGACCGCAUGGCCACGGUGGACUGCGUGGAGUACAAGCGGGGCCUGGUGUACUUCACCGUGGUCAUGGUCACCGGCAAGGAGAUCGACUUCCGGUGCGCGCAGGAUGGCACGGCGUGGAACGCCGAGAUCGCCCUGGCGCUGGUGCGCUACAAGAACCUGCAGGCGGUGCAGACCGGCCGCAACCGACAGCUGUCCUCGUCCAGCCUGUCCUCGUCCAACCUGCCGUCGUCCAACCUGCACGGAAGCAGCUCUGAUUACCUAUAGUCAGUGCGGACCCGCAGGUCCUCCCGGAGAGCGGAAGGGCGCGGGUGGAGAGUGGGAGAGGUCAUCAGAGCCGCGCAUCACGCCAGGUGGUGCCAAACGCCGCACGAUAUAAAUACCGCCGCCCCUGCAGAUGGAGGAGAAGCGACGGCGCCGCGCGCUCCUCCCAGCCCUCCUCGGUUUCCGUCCAGAUUUAGGAACGCUCGUGCCACGGGCCUGGAAGCCGUAUCUCCGCCCUGCGCGUCCAUGUCGGAGCAGGGGGGCGGGGGGCGGAGGGAGCACGGACUCCUUGUGAAAGAAUUCAGAACUGUGUUGUUUGGACGGAGGCGGCGCGACCACAUCCAGGUUUCUGCCUUAUCUUGGACCUCCACCAGACAUGCCCCCCCCCCCGAGACAGGGCGCGCGCUCUGCUCCUCCUCGGCGACGGCUAUUGGACGCGGGUCCGCUUUGCCACGUGACUCGCCUGCUUCGACUUUUGUACAGACUCGGAGCCUCUGCGCGUCUUUUCUAAUGUUUUGCACACGAAAGAAACCGUUUUUGUUCGUGUUCGGCGUGUUGCCGCACAUGUGUUCCGAUGCAAACCGUGCCCAGUGUUACUACCCAAUAAAACAAGCAGCUUGCAC